AUGUUUAACCCUCACCACGCUUCCGGAUCUGGCUCGAACCCACCUCCUCCACCUCCUCCUGGACAUGAUCCGCCACAGGAUCCUCCCCCACCUGGGCCAUCCAACAAUGUUCGAGGCAUAGAUGAGGACUCACGCACUCGCAUCAGCGAGAUGGUGGCGGCCACGACGCUGGCCAAGGGCAGCAUUGCUGACGGGCCCAUCGGCCAGCUCGUCGACAAGUUCAAGGGCAGCCUCAAGGCUAAGAAGGAAGCCGCAGAAAAGAAAGCGAAGCUCGACGGCUGGAAGGUAACCAACAUCGGUUACUUCCACCCAGACUUACCCGAAAAGUUUGGACCCGGAGAUUAUGUUACCGUCGGUAAAGACACACACUUGUGA